CAGAGGAGGAGCGGCGCGGCGCGUGCGCAGUAGACGCGGCUGGGGAAUUCAUGUGGAGGUCAGCGUGGAACCAGGUGUGAGUGGGGCCAGCAGAAGGAAACAUGGCUGCAAAACUCUUUGAGUCCAUCGGCAAAUUCGGCCUGGCCUUAGCCGUUGCGGGAGGCGUGGUGAACUCUGCCUUAUAUAACGUGGACGCCGGGCACAGAGCUGUCAUCUUUGACCGGUUCCGUGGAGUCCAGGACAUCGUGGUGGGGGAAGGGACUCACUUUCUCAUCCCUUGGGUACAGAAACCAAUUAUCUUUGACUGCCGCUCCCGACCCCGUAACGUGCCAGUCAUCACUGGCAGCAAAGAUCUGCAGAACGUCAACAUCACCCUGCGUAUCCUUUUCCGGCCCGUGGCCAGCCAGCUCCCCCGCAUCUUCACCAGCAUCGGCGAGGACUACGAUGAGCGCGUCCUGCCGUCCAUCACCACCGAGAUCCUCAAGUCCGUGGUGGCCCGCUUUGAUGCCGGGGAGCUGAUCACCCAGAGGGAGCUGGUCUCCAGGCAGGUGAGCGAUGACCUCACCGAGCGGGCGGCCACCUUCGGGCUCAUCCUGGACGACGUGUCCUUGACGCAUCUGACCUUCGGGAAGGAGUUCACAGAGGCCGUGGAAGCCAAGCAGGUGGCUCAGCAGGAAGCGGAGAGGGCCAGAUUCGUGGUGGAGAAGGCCGAGCAGCAGAAGAAGGCAGCCAUCAUCUCUGCCGAGGGAGACUCCAAGGCAGCCGAGCUGAUCGCCAACUCGCUUGCCACCGCGGGCGACGGCCUGAUCGAGCUGCGCAAGCUGGAGGCCGCCGAGGACAUCGCCUACCAGCUGUCUCGCUCGCGCAACAUCACCUACCUGCCGGCCGGGCAGUCGGUGCUCCUGCAGCUGCCCCAGUGAGCCGCCCCAGGGCCCCUUCUGCCCCGCCCCGCCCCAGAAAAGAAUCACUGUGACGACGGAAAUAAAAGUGAGAUCCCUUCAGCCCUCUGAUUAUCCGAGGAAGGUCUCGCAUUCUUCCUGUUCCCACCUUUUUCUCCGCCUCCCUACCCGAGACUGCCAGGUGCCUGUGCAGAGCGGCUCGGGCCUGCUGGCCUCCAUCCUCGCUGGGCAACGAGAUUCCUGCCCCUUUCCAGGUGGGUGGGCGUGGCUCUGCUGUCCCUCAGGGUCCUAAAACCGGGACAGACUUGGACAGCGAGGCCAGAGGAGGCCCUGGCCGAGGUGCGUCCUGCUGGAGACUUCCGGCUCCAACGCCCGGCGGGAUUCCAGCUCGAAAUAUCACAUCCUGCCGGCCCUGGGCCGGCCAAAGACGUGCAUCCCAUGUUCCUGCUCCUCGCUAGAACGCCCUUCCCCGGGGCUGCCCCUGGGCCCCCCAGGAAUCAAUCAUGGGAAGAAAUAAAUGUGUGUAAACCGCUGUCAAUAAACGACACCCAGAC